AUGGCGGAACGUGCAGCGUUUUCAGUACAUUAUUCCUGUGCUCGUGUGUUACCCCAUACGUUGGGGAAUACUGCGAAAUCAUGGCCUCGAACGUCUGCUACCCCAAUCCUUGUCAAAAUGGCGGUACAUGCUCAAUCAGCGGAUCGUCAACGCACGAAUGCCUGCAAUCCCAGUCCGUGUCUAAAUGGCGGAAUGUGCUCGAUUAGCGGAACAUCGUAUUCAUGUUCGUGCCCAUCUCCGUACUCGGGAAAUACCUGCGAAACAUUUCUAGUGUGUGAUCUCAGUCCAUGUCUAAACGGUGGAACUUGUCGUCCCAGCGGAACAUCGUAUUCCUGUACGUGCCCAUCGUCAUAUACUGGCGACCAAUGCCAAACACAAACAAUAACUGCUGCAUGUUAUCCAAAUCCUUGCCUAAACGGGGGUACGUGUUCAGUUAGUGGUACAUCUUUCGUGUGCGCCUGCGCAGAACCUUAUACCGGCAAUACCUGCGCAGAACUUACUGCAACGCCGUGUAUUUCCAAUCCUUGUCUGAAUGGAGGCACGUGUUUCACUAGCAGUAAUCACGAUAGGUUUUUCUGCGCGUGUACAACUGGGUGGACGGGUUCGACCUGUGGCACGUUUGCGAACCAAACUCCGUGUUCGUCACGUCCAUGUGUGAAUGGUAUGUGCACUAGCACAGGAACUACGGAUUACACUUGUCAUUGUAGUGAAGGGUGGACAGGAGUCAAUUGCGACGUGGAAGCUGGUCCUACCCAUCCUUGUAGUAAUUCACCCUGUGAGAACGGAGUGUGUUCAGUAGACGGCGAUGGGUACGUGUGUGUCUGUUUCACUGGCUACUCUGGACAUCACUGCGAAGUGAUAGUGUAUCCGUGCAACAGUGCCCCGUGUUUGAACGGUGGUACGUGCCUUAACAUCGGGACCACACAGUUCCGGUGCAGCUGCCCAUCGACUUUUACUGGUACUAUUUGUGAUUCGCCGGUGAAUCCAUGCCUCAGUAGUCCCUGUCAAAAUGGCGGUUCUUGUAUCAAUAGUUUGACUUCAUUCGAAUGCAGGUGCCCGGCGCGUUGGACAGGCAGUCUUUGCCAAAUAGAAAUCAACCCAUGCAAUAGCAAUCCAUGUAGGAAUAAUGGUCUGUGUUUGAAUAACUAUGAUUCGUUCACGUGUUCCUGCCAGUCUUCGUGGACCGGGACAUAUUGUGAAACAGGUAUUGCAUGGAGUUAUUUUGCUUUGUGUAUAGCUAUGUAUUCUUAG